AUGACUUCCCACGAUGUGCGCGACAUGCUGGAUCUCCCCCAAGAGGGCACACCUCGACCGACGAAGAAACAAAAGCUCAACGGUCCACGACCCGUACUGAAAGGGCUUGCGCGCGAGGUCCAGAAUCUGGGUGGUGAUAAUCCGAUCGCGAUCGUGCCGGAAGUGACGGUAUUCAAGAAGCGACGAUUCGCGACUCGAAAACCGGCUGCGAAAUGGGAUGCGAGACCAUUCAAGAACUCUGCUCGACAAGAUGGACUUAUCUUGAGGCAUUGGAGGAGGAAGGACGAUAAACCUGCGGCGCCGACGGUGGAUGGGGAGGGUGAAGAGAAGAAGGUGGAGGAAAUUGAGGAUUCGACGUUUGCGAAAUAUAAUGUUCAGGUCAAUAUACCGGAUUAUACGGAUGAGGAGUAUAAUCUUCGAUUGCAAAAUCAGGAAUGGACAAAACAUGAGACGGAUUAUUUGUUUAGUCUGUGUCGCGAAUACGACCUAAGAUUUCCUGUUAUUUGGGAUCGAUAUGAGUACGAACCACCAAUACCACAACCUUCUGAGGGAGAUGCUGCGGAGAAUGCUGGGGCCCUGAUAGUUCCACCGAAGACUAGGACUGUAGAAGACAUGAAAGCGAGAUAUUACUCGGUGGCUGCUACGGUUAUGGCGUUGAGGAAGCCUCCGAUCAAGAUGAAUAGUGCGGAAUUCAAUUUACACGAAGUGAUGCUGAACUUCAACCCGGCCCAAGAAACUGCGAGGAAGAAGUUUGCAGAGACGGCUUUCCACAGGACCAAAGAUGAAGCCGCGGAAGAACAGAGCCUUUUGCUAGAGCUCAAGCGAAUAAUGGCAAGAGCAGAUAAACUUGGUGAAGAACGGAGGGAAUUGUACGCGAGACUCGAAGCACCUCCGAGCAACGGCAACAUCGCUCCAUACACCACAAGUCAAGGCCUCGCACAACUCGUCUCACAAUUAGCAUCCGCCGAUCGAUCCAAGAAACACCGCAAAUCACUCAUGGGCGGCGAAACCAUGAGCCCAGCAACGGGACCCAACACCUCCACCCAACAGCCCUACGACCGCCGCGAAAGCUCAGUCCGUGAAUCCAUCUCCGGCCCCUCAGGCCUCAACAACAAAAAAGGCAGCUCCCAAAACCCGACCGAACGGCGCCAGCUCACCGAGGAAGAAGAACGCAUCUACGGCGUCUCGCGCCACGACCGCAUCGGCACCUCCGGCCCAGCCUUCCGUCAAGAAAAGAUCCUCAAACCGCUCCAGAGCAAGUCCGCGGUCCAGCAGCAGAAAAUCACAAACGUGCUUAACGAGCUGGGUAUUCCGUAUAGUGCGAGCACACGACUUAUUAUGCCAACGGCGGAGGUGGGCGAGGGCUUUGAUGCGUUGUUGCAUAGUAUUAAUAAUUUGCUGGACGCGCGGAAGCUCGUAGAUAAGUUGCAGGGCGAGAUUGCGACGGCGAAAGCGGUUAGGGCGGAGAGGGAGCGUGUGGAGAGGGAACGGGGGGAGGGAGGGGCGGAGGUUAAGAGGGAGGAGGGAGUUGGGAUUGCGGAAUCGAGGAAGAGGAGUGCCAGUGUGAUGAGUGCGGCGAGUGAUCGGAGUGGGAAGAGGUUGAAGAAGUGA